GGCGGGCGAAACCAUACUAGGGGGGGGAGAGAGCGGGCGCGACCAAGCGUGGUUCUCAAGAGAGAGGGAGGAGAGACUGGCCUCGUGGAAGAGGCGUGGAACGGGCUUCUGCGCGGAAGCAACAUGGCAGCAGCGCCGGCGAUCUCCUCGGCGGGAGCCCAGCAGGAGCCGCCUGCGCCCAAGAAGAUCGUGGCUCCCACCGUGUCGCAGAUCAACGCGGAGUUCGUGACGCAGUUGGCAAACAAGUACUGGGCACCACAUGUCAAGAAAAGGCUACCUUUUGAGUCAAAGGUUAUUGAAGAUGUGUAUGGAAAAGAAAUUGUUAGGUCCAAAUUUGCAAUUAGAAAGAUCAUGCUUCUGGAAUUUAGCCAGUACCUUGAAAAUUACUUGUGGAUGAAUUAUUCUCCCGAGGUGUCCAGCAAGGCUUAUUUGAUGUCAAUCUGUUGUAUGGUGAAUGAAAAGUUCAGGGAGAACGUUCCCGCGUGGGAGACAUUCAAAAAGAAGCCAGAGCACUUUCCGUUCUUUUUCAAACGUGUGCUGGAUGCUUCCUUGGCUGAGAAUGACAGUGAAUUCUCUCUGCAGGAGCAGACCAUACUCCUGCUCUUCCUUGACCACUGCUUCAACAGUCUGGAAGUAGAUUUGAUCAGAGGGCAAGUCCAGCAGCUUAUCUCCCUGCCCAUGUGGAUGGGGCUGCAGCCUGCUCGUCUGGCACUCGAAUUGAAAAAGACAUCAAAGCUUAGGAAAUUUUGGAAUUUGAUCAAGAAGAAUGAUGAGAAAAUGGAUGAAAAUACUCGGGCACAGGCAUUUCAAGAAAGAAGAUUCCUUUCGCAACUGAUCCAGAAAUUCAUUACUGUAUUAAAAUCAAUACCCAUUUCAGGUCCUCUCUCAAUGGAUAAAGUGCAUUACUGUGAAAGAUUCAUUGAGCUCAUGAUAGAUCUAGAGGCCCUACUUCCAACACGACGCUGGUUUAACACAAUACUUGAUGAUUCCCACCUCGUUGUGCAUUGUUACUUAUCUAGCCUAGCGAAAAGAGGCAAGGAGGGUCAUCUUUUCUGCCAGCUUUUAGACAUGCUCAAAUUCUACACUGGUUUUGAAAUUAAUGACCAGACUGGAAAUGCAUUGACAGAGAAUGAGAUGACUACUAUUCACUAUGACAGAAUUACCUCCCUCCAGAGAGCCGCUUUCGCACAUUUCCCAGAACUCUACAAUUUUGCCCUCUCAAAUGUAUCUGCUGUAGACACACGUGACUCCCUCAUAAAACUUUUUGGGCCUCUAAGUCCAGAAACACUCCACCAGGUGGCAUCGUAUCUCUGCUUAUUGCCAGCCCUACCUGAAGAGGAAGAUACAAGCUAUGACAAAGAGUUUCUGCUUGAGUUGCUGGUGUCCCGGCAUGAAUGUCGAAUUUCUCAAAUUCAACAGCUCAAUCAAAUGCCUCUGUAUCCCACCGAGAAGAUUAUCUGGGAUGAAAAUAUAGUCCCAACUGAGUACUAUUCUGGUGAAGGCUGCCUUGCCCUCCCGAAAUUGAAUCUACAGUUUCUUACUCUCCAUGACUACCUCCUGAGAAAUUUCAACCUCUUCCGCCUAGAGUCUACUUAUGAAAUCAGGCAGGACAUUGAGGAUAGUGUCAGUAGGAUGAAACCAUGGCAAUCUGAAUAUGGAGGUGUUGUCUUUGGUGGGUGGGCUCGAAUGGCACAGCCCAUCGUCUCUUUCACGGUCAUAGAGGUGGCAAAGCCCAACAUUGGAGAAAGCUGGCCCAUGAGAGUCCGAGCAGAUGUCACAAUUAACUUGAAUGUUAGAGACAACAUUAAAGAUGAAUGGGAAGGUCUGCGCAAGCACGAUGUUUGCUUUUUAAUAACUGUCCGACCCACACAGCUUUAUGGUACGAAGUUUGACAGAAGGCAGCCAUUCGUUGAGCAGACAGGCCUGGUAUAUGUGAGAGGAUGCGAAAUCCAGGGAAUGCUGGAUGAUAAGGGGCGUGUCAUUGAAGAAGGGCCAGAACCGAAACCAAGACUGAAAGGUGAUUCUAGAACGUUUAGGGUGUUCUUGGAUCCCAAUCAGUAUCAACAGGACAUGACCAAUACCAUCCAAAGUGGAAGAGAAGAUGUCUAUGAGACAUUUAACAUAAUAAUGAGGAGAAAGCCAAAAGAAAACAACUUUAAAGCUGUUCUGGAGACUAUAAGGAAUUUGAUGAACACCGACUGUGUGGUUCCUGAUUGGUUACAUGACAUUAUCCUCGGUUAUGGAGACCCAAGUAGUGCUCACUAUUCAAAAAUGCCAAAUCAGAUCGCCUCCCUGGAUUUUAAUGAUACUUUCCUCUCCAUUGAUCACUUAAGAGCCAGCUUUCCUGGAUACAGCAUUAAAGUUACAGUUGAAGACCCUGCAAUGCAGAUUCCUCCAUUCAGGAUAGCAUUUCCAGUCAGAAGUGAAGCAGGAAAGAAACGGAAAGAGUGUGAUGAAGAAAAAGCUGAUGGCUCAAAAACAUUGAUUGUUGAGCCCCACGUCAUCCCCAACAGAGGACCUUACCCAUAUAAUCAACCCAAACGCAAUACAAUUCACUUUACCCAUACACAGAUUGAAGCUAUACGCGCAGGAAUGCAACCUGGAUUGACAAUGGUGGUGGGGCCUCCUGGCACAGGCAAAACUGACGUGGCAGUGCAGAUAAUCUCUAAUCUCUAUCACAACUUCCCUGAACAGAGGACCCUGAUCGUUACACAUUCCAAUCAGGCCUUGAACCAGCUGUUUGAGAAAAUCAUGGCUCUCGACAUUGAUGAGCGCCACCUCCUGCGUCUUGGUCAUGGGGAGGAAGCACUGGAGACAGAGAAAGAUUUCAGCAGGUAUGGAAGAGUAAAUUAUGUUCUAGCACGGAGACUGGAGCUUCUGCGGGAAGUUGGCCGAUUACAGGAGAGCUUGGGGGUCCCUGGUGAUGUUUCCUAUACUUGUGAAACAGCUGGCCACUUCUUCUUAUAUCAAGUAAUGUCUCGUUGGGAAGAGUAUAUGAGCAAAGUGAAAGUUAAAGGCAGCAAACCUUCAGAUGUUGCUGAUAUCUGCAGCUUCUUUCCUUUCCAUCAGUAUUUUGCAAAUGCCCCUCAGCCAAUUUUUAAAGGCAGAUCUUACAAUGAAGAUAUGGAAAUCGCCGAAGGAUGUUUUAGACAUAUUAAAAAGAUAUUCACUCAGCUCGAGGAAUUCAGAGCUUUUGAACUGCUCCGCAGUGGACUGGACAGAUCCAAAUACCUACUUGUGAAGGAAGCAAAGAUCAUUGCCAUGACCUGCACGCAUGCUGCUUUGAAACGCCAUGACUUGGUUGAGUUGGGUUUCAAGUAUGAUAACAUCUUAAUGGAAGAGUCUGCUCAGAUACUGGAGAUUGAAACUUUUAUACCACUCCUCUUGCAGAAUCCCCAAGAUGGAUUCAGUCGACUGAAGCGGUGGAUUAUGAUUGGGGACCAUCAUCAGUUGCCACCAGUCAUUAAAAACAUGGCUUUUCAAAAAUAUUCGAACAUGGAGCAGUCUCUUUUUACGCGCUUUGUCCGUGUGGGAGUGCCAACUGUUGACUUGGACGCUCAAGGAAGAGCAAGAGCAAGCUUAUGCAAUCUCUACAAUUGGCGUUACAAGAACCUGGGUAACUUGCCACAUGUGCAGCUCUUGCCAGAAUUCAGAACAGCAAAUGCUGGUUUCCUGUAUGACUUCCAGCUCAUAAAUGUAGAAGAUUUCCAUGGCGUAGGAGAAUCUGAACCCAAUCCUUACUUCUAUCAGAAUCUUGGCGAGGCAGAAUAUGUUGUUGCACUGUUCAUGUACAUGUGCCUGCUAGGAUACCCUGCAGAGAAGAUAAGCAUCUUGACAACCUAUAAUGGCCAGAAACACCUCAUUCGGGAUAUUAUUAAUCAGCGUUGUGGAAAUAACCCAAUGAUUGGAAGACCAAACAAGGUGACAACUGUGGACCGGUUUCAAGGACAGCAAAAUGAUUAUAUCAUCCUUUCACUUGUGCGAACUAAAGCAGUUGGCCACUUGAGGGAUGUUCGGCGUUUGGUGGUUGCUAUGUCAAGAGCAAGACUUGGGCUUUAUAUUUUUGCCCGAGUAUCGCUAUUCCAGAACUGUUUUGAGCUGACUCCAGCUUUCAGCCAGCUCACUGCUCGUCCUCUUCAACUGCAUAUAAUCCCUAUGGAGUAUUUUCCAGCAGUCCGGCAGAAUGGAGAACACCCAUCUCACCAAGUCCAUGUUAUAAAGAAUAUGCCUCAGAUGGCCAACUUCGUGUACAACAUGUAUAUGCACAUGAUACAGAAUACACGCCAGCACAGACAGCAGAACUUGCUGCCUCCUCCAACACUUGUUGAAGAAAUCGAAACACUUCAAUCUCAGGAAAGUGAAGAAGUUCAGAGCAAAGAUCUUGAAAUGGAAAAAGAAACUGAAAUCAAACCCACACCAAUGGAAACUGCAGAAGAGAAAGUUGUUAAUGAGAAACAAAAGGUAGCAGAGGAAAUUGAGGAGGAGCAUCGGAAAAUGCCUGAGCAUCCUGGAAGAGACAGUGAUAGUGAAGACAGUGAAACAGAAGAUGGAACAGAGAAAUGAACUUUUCUUUUUCAAGCGGGCACACAGAGAUGACCAGUCAUAUGUAUAUUUACGAAACAUGUUAGUCAGUAAAACAAGCAACUGUUAACCAAGAGUAAAUUCUGACUAACAUAUCGUUAGCAAAGGAGUGUUUUUACUUGUAUUGUGUAUUUAGUAAAGUGGAGUUUUUUUAAUUAAUCCUUUGUGUAACUCCCCCUUUUUUGAUACUAUAAAGUUCAAUUCAGAGAGAUUUCCAGUCAGGUAUUUUCUCUAAUCAAAUACAAUGUAGAUAGCUAGGGUGAGCAUAGACCACAAUAUUUGGUCCUUAUCCUGAUUUGAUGCUUUGGAAAAGAGAACACUCAGAGAUUGUACAAUUUAGCUCAGGGUUGCCCCAUUUUUCUGCUAGUAAGGGUGAAUUUUAUUUGGAAAAGAUUGCAGUCUUUUACUGUAUUUGCAUCUGAAGUGGUACACCCCAGGAAGUUUUAUCACAUGAUCUGUUUAUAACCGAUGACAUAUUAAUUGUGUCAUUAGCUUGAGGGAGGGAUAACAAUAUAAGAACAUAAACCUUUCUGGAUCAGGCUCUUGGCCAAUCCAGUCCAGCAUAUUGUUUUCACAGGGGCCAGCCAUAAGCUCAUAGUUAUAUGCUUUAUUGACUCAGAGCUAUUUAAAAAUAUAUAUUUGCAGUUUUUUAUUGGAUUUUCUAGUUAAAAGGUUAUAGUUCUGCUACAUCAAAAGAAAACCAAACAAAAUGAAUAAAUCCAAAAUCUAAUAAUUACAUUUGCCUUGCGAGGUUCAUGACUCUGGUGAAAACAUGGUGUCUUGCAACACUUUGGUUUGUUGCUAUCGGGAGUAAGGGUAGAAUAAAUUUGAAAAAAAGCAAAUAUGCCUUUGAUUUUGAUUUCACAGGCAAAAUGUUAAAUAGAUCAGUAAAAUCCUACCAGAGUAGGUGUUCUAGAAUCAUUUUCAAUUGAACAUCCUUCUUUAAUUUUCCAGAUUUACAACUGAGAGAAAUCAUCUUGGCAGAUCAUUUUACAUUUAUAAAUCCUCUGGACAAGCAGUAUGUUCCAAAGUUAACUAUCAUCCAAAUUUCACGUUCUUUGCUGCCAAUGUUGUAUAUUUGCUUGUAAAGUUGCCAAUAGGAUUGCUUCACAAAAAGAUCUAGAUCAUUAAAAUAGCAUUCAAUCUUCAAGCUAUAUUAGAUAUAUUCCAUUAGCCUUGCCUCUGGUGCUGCAGUUUAUCCGCAUACAAAAAUAAGAAGCAUAAUAUUUUUUUCCUCACAGCAUCAGAUAUAGGAUAGCAGACAUCCCCAAACUUCGGCCCUCCAGAUAUUUUGGACUACAAUCCCCAUCAUCCCUGGCCACUGGUCCUGUUAGCUGGGGAUCAUGGGAGUUGUAGGCCAAAACAUCUGGAGGGCCGCAGUUUGGGGAUGCCUGGGAUAGAGAUAUCUUCAUCUAAUGAGAAUCAAUUUGUUCUCAGUCUUUCUUGCACAGACAUUGCACAGAAUCUACACUUGUUAAUUUAGAAACUUAUUCAUUUGCAUUCUUGAAUUGCCUUUCCAGAAGAAAAUAAAAUUGCUUUGGAAAUAUGUGGUUCCAUAAGUUCCACUAUGCAUAAAAAUAAACUGCAGCUUUUUAACCUGUCACUAAUGGUGCACAGCUUAGAGACACUGUGAUACAGUUUCAUAAACUAACAUUCAUAUGUUUAAUCAGGGAUGAAUGGUACAAGGCCUUCAGGCAACAUGUGACCAGCUCAGCUAAGGAUCGUCUGCUUUCUAACCUAUUUUCUAAAAAUAUUCUAGUAUCUAACAACUUAUUUCUGCUUGGUUUUUUUAAUAAAUCCCAACACUGGCAGGAACAGCUGCUGGUAGUUUGUAUGUAUUUAAUGAAGCAACUUGAGAUAUUUUUGCUCAUACUUUAACCUGGUGCCGGGAUGAGAGUCUCAAUAACAAGAGUACAUGGCCCAAAUGAGUGCAAUAAGCAACUGGUGAUAUUUUGCAGAUUCCUUUGGCAAUUGGUGCCUCUUAUAGUGUGGGGGCCAGCUCUUAGACAUGCUUUGGGGACACUGAGCUGUGUGAAGGUGUCUGCACUGGCAUUUGUCAAGCUGGUAAAGUGGGCACAACUUGUGAGGGAUAUGGGGGAAAGUGCCCAAAGACACUGCUUGGAAACAGGAAAUUUUAUUAAGUGUUUUAUAGGCACAUCAUCAAUACAGAAUAUCCAAAGAUGGAUCCUAAAAUUGAAAACUGGCCUGGUCAUCAAUGUUCUAUCAACCAUGGUAUUCUGAUUAUGGGGAACUAUGCACCAUCCAGGUGGGAAACUGAUAAUAAAAGUCUUGGCACAUCAAUCUUUACUGGAGAUAAAUGUGACAGGGCCCAUUUAUCAGCUAUAAAUUCCUGAAUUACCAAGCAGCCGCGUUGGAACAGUCCUGUUAUGCGUCGCAAGGCGCUUCAGCAUCCUGCUGCUUAAAUUUGACAUCUCUGUUGUCAGGAGAGCUAUUUUUAGAUUGAUAGUCUGGGGACAUGGAAUGUUUACUAAUUACUGUACAGGGAAAGGAAUGGACUGUGGGGAGGGAGUGCUCCUUUUUAGCAUUUCUAAGAGUGUUCUGGUGGCAGGGCAAAAUGUUUAAAAGGGACUUUCUUAAAGUGAAGCAUUAACAGGAACAGAUAUCCUAACUGAAGGUGCCUUGUUGGUAUGAGAGGUUAAGAAAUCUUAAAUAAAGCAAAUAUACCCAAGGACUGGUUCACUACAUCGGUGAUAUAUGUAUUUUAUUUUGGCCAAGUUUCCAUUGUGAACAAGGAAGAAAGCCAAAGAGUGUACAGAUGGCCACAUCCUUGCUUCUUGGUGGAUAAGAAGCAAAUGUACUAGUUUUCACCCCAGAGGUGUCCCUUUUACUGCUGCUUUACUUUCUUCCAUGUCAGUGAAUGGCUGCUGUUUAAGAAUGAAAUGCUACCCUGAGGCUGUGCCUCAUAGAGGUGAUGCAACUUGCUGGAUCUCUUGAAAGGCUUCCUUAAAACAUGCACACUGCUCAGCAUAAUGCUAGAUGUUUUGCUAGUCCACAAUAGUGCUGACCUAAGUAAUUGGCUUUUUGAGCUCCCUUUACUCCAGUUCUGAACAUGCUUGGGUCUUGCGGGUUGCAUUUAACUAGCUCCUGCUCAGAAGAGACCUGCUGAAAUUAAUGAACCUAUGUUAGUCGUGUCCAUUAACUUUAAUGGGCCCACUCUGAGUAGGCCUAAUGUUGACUGUCAUGCUAUAUAUUUUACUUUUCUAUUUUAAUAAUAACAGUAUGUGAACAGCAGCCUCCAUCAUCCCUAGCCAGCAUGGGCAAUGGUCAAGGAUUCUGGAAUUUGUAGUCCAACAUGUGGGAGACCCAAGGCUGGGGAAGAAUAACUUCUCCACUGUCCCAUUGCAAGAUAGAACGUCAAUGGAGUGUGUCCUCUUCACAUAUAUGGUGUAUAUAAUACCAGUGGAGAGUGCCCAGUGCUGUCUGGGAAUUUUUAGACACCAAUAAAGUAUUGUGAUUUUUAAAUGGAUAGUGUAAUUUUUGGGUUUGGACUCAUCACUCCAAAAAUCAGGUGAAGUCACAGCAAAGUCACACUUCGGUCCACCAUCUUGAUUCAAACUGGCACCUGGCUUCCAGUUGGCGACAAAGUCUGCCACCCCGACCUCAGGAACCCUCAUGCUGAGUUUGACAAUGAUAUCUGGAGAGGUGACCAAACCUAUGCCCCAAAAUGGGGAAAGUCAUGCCAAAAUGAUUUUUUUUAGACUGCCAUCUUGACACAAAAUGGUGGAGAGUGUCCAAACAUUGAUGAAGGCUGCUGCCCCAACCUCACGAACCCUCAUGCUGAGUUUGGCAAUGCUAUCUUGAGUGGGGUCCAAACACACAGAAGGCAGACAGACUAUUUUCUAAAAUAUAAAAUAGAUAGAUGGGUAUGCAUCCUUAUGUGCACCACAUAUUAGCACCGGAGAGGUAUUCUUAAUAAGUAUUUCUGGAGUGUCACAAGCAGUUUUUAUCUGGGAAUGUAAUUAGCAGGUAGGCAUUAGCAUUACUAAUAACUGAAUUUGCAUGGGGGGGGGGAAUCUGUUAAGUGCUAUGCAUGCAUGGGAUAGAUUGUAAUUGUUUUGCCUGUUAGCCAUGUUUUGCCAAAAUUAAUUCCUGUCAAUAUGGUGUAUACCUCUAUCUUUACCCCCAUUGUUUUCAUCAUUCUAAUGGCAGAAAGCUUAACUGAAUUCUGCACAACCUUCAGCUAGAGCAGCAGCCUUCGUCUUUUGGUCCUGUUGCAGCCUGAAAAUCAAGGGAUUGGAAAAAUGGUUUAAUGACUGUUCACUCUCCCCUGACCCUUUAAAGAGAAGUCAAAUUGUCACAGUGGGAGAACUUGCCCUUUUAACUGCUGCCAUGUUGCAUUAUAACCUGAAAAAGUACAGCCAGGUUGACAAUAAUCUCUGCUGUUGCUAUCUUUUUCUUUUUCUUUUUGUGGGACUCCUAACUGUAAUAUUCAUCUUUGAUAACUAAUCACUGAACUAUAUUCAGUUAUAGAUACUAAUGGACCUAAACAGAUUAAUUUGGGGGAUAUUCUGGUCUUCCCUGUUGUAUCUCCACCUUAACUUUUAAUAUUUUUAGUAAUGCGUAUACUAUGCCUUCAUCUCGUCUCAAUUAUAAGUGCAGGUCAAAUUUCAUUGGUGAGCCAUUUGUCCUAAAUUACUCCCUACUCCUACAACAUUCACCCACUGGCAUCCUGUCAGCCUAAACUAUGCAAUAAAAGGAGGCGUUGACAACAGCUGCUCCUUCUGACUCAUCUCUCUCCCAGCCUUACUAUAAAGAAUGUUACUAUAAUUCUUUAGAAGCGAGUAAGUUUGCUGAUGUAGACUUAUUAGUAAGAAAACUCGAGGAACAGUGGGUGGCUUCUUAUGGGCAUGCAAAUGUGCUUACCCCCCACCCCCAUUGCGUAUGCCUACGUGUUUUAAAGAAGGUCUCAUUUUGCUAGAGCUGAUGCUGAAGCCUCUUGCACGCACAGUUUGGAAUAUAUCCAGUUGUUACCUUAAUACAGGCAUCCCCAAACUUCGGCCCUCCAGAUGUUUUGGACUACAAUUCCCAUCAUCCCUGACCACUGGUCCUGUUACCUAGGGAUUGUGGGAGUUGUAGGCCAAAACAUCUGGAGGGCCGCAGUUUGGGGAUGCCUGCCUUAAUACCUGUUCCAAUGGCACAACAGGUUAUUUAUCGGGGGGCAGAUGAUGAGGUUGGCAUUGUUGAAGAUUCAUUCCCCAUGUCUGCUGUCAUGGGAUUGUUGUCUAUCACAUGAUGGUAUAUGUUUUCAUUCCACAGAGUGGGAAGUGACGAAGACAGGAUGUUUGUGUUACUGUGUUUCCUGAAGUGGGACUAAUGUCAUUUGUUCUUUCUCUUUGCUGUCUGAUGCUAGAGAGAGAGGG